AUGGCCGUGACCGUGGACGAAGUUUUAAACCAGAUAGGAGGAUAUGGCAAAUAUCAAAUCCUCAUGCUUCAGAUGGUUGGUUUCAUCGAAUUUGGUUUAGCCUCUUUCAAUGUAAUGAUUAUCACAUUUAUCGCAGGAGAACCUACUUGGGAAUGUGUCUCAAACAGCACUGUAUGUAAUAUAACUGGUAUAGUCGAUACGACCAGUGAUGAUUAUAAAGUAAGAUGUGAUAUGCCGAGAUCAGAAUGGAAAUUUUCCGAUACGUUUACCUCCACUGUCACUGAG